AUGAACUCUCUUCAAUACCGUUACAUUCUUUCUCCACAGUCCACAAAACCCCGAUUUUCUCGCAUUUUCCCGCCUCUUUUUGAUUUUCCCGGAAGAAGAAGAAGAAAACAAGGUUUCUCAAUAUGCUGCUCUUCGAAAACCGAUGAGCGCCCUCCGUUUGAUAUCAACCUUGCUGUUAUUCUUGCCGGCUUUUCCUUUGAAGCAUACACAACUCCUCCUGAAAAUUUGGGUAGGCGUGAAGUUGAUGCAGCUGGUAGCAAGACAAUCUAUCUUUCUGAGGAAUUUUUUCGCGAGCUUUAUGACGGGCAACUAUUCAUAAAGUUGAAAAAAGGAUCCAGUUUCCCUGCCAUGGAUCCAUGGGGAACAAGUGAUCCAUAUGUGGUCUUACAGAUGGGUUCUCAGUCUGCUAAAAGCAAUAUCAAAUGGAGGACAAAAGAGCCAACAUGGAAUGAGGAGUUUACUUUUAAUUUUAAGCGGUCUCCAAACAAAUUCCUACAGGUUGCAGCUUGGGAUGCAAACUUCUUAACCCCACACAAACGCCUUGGGAAUGCAGUUGUUGAUUUGGAAUGGCUUUGUGACGGAGAUACACAUAAAAUACUGGUGGAGUUGGAAGGAAUGGGUGGUGGUGGCAUGGUUUGGCUGGAGGUUAUAUAUAAGACCUUUGAUGAAAUUGACGAUGAGGAAAAGUGGUGGAAGAUACCUUUUGUUUCAGAUUUCCUAAAGAAGAAUGGUUUUGAUUCUGCUCUCAGAAAGGUUAUUGGUUCUGAUACAGUACAAGUCAGCCAAUUUGUGGAGUAUGCAUUUGGGAAGUUGAAAUCAUUUAACAACGAGAAGGGUCAGAUGUCUGAUACUGAUAAUGAUAAAUAUGAUACUGAAAGUUCUAAGGAAUCAAAUGAUUCUGCAUGUAUGUUGAAGUCUCCUUACGAGGCUACUGGUUCAGAUUCAGAAGCCUCUGAUGAAGCUUCUAGUGAACAAAGAAACAUGGAAGAGUUUCACUCACAUGAUAGUGAAACUGGAAAUGAACACGCUUUGAAACCAUUACCACAAGCUAGUGAGGAAGAACUGUCAAAUCAACGUUUUUGGAAGAAUUUUUCUAAUGUUGUCAAUGCCGACAUUGUUCAAAAGCUGGGUCUCUCGGUUAUGGAGAAAUUAAAGUGGGAUGGACUGGAGUUUCUAAACAAAAUUGGCUUGCAAUCCCAAGAUAUUGCAGAUGUUUCUGGUCUUGCGAUACAUGGAGGCAUAGAAGAAUCGGACAAUAAAAUCCAGUCUUCACUUCCAGAGGUCAAAAAGGCAAGUGAGAAAUUGAUGGAGCAAACUGAAUCAAUUUUAGGAGGUUUAAUGCUUUUGUCGGCAACAGCUUCCAAAAUGAAAGAUGAAGGAUGUUCUUCUGAAGAGAGGAAAACCAAAGAAGAUUCUAUCAAAGGAGUAGGCAGUGAUGUUCAGUAUUCUACUAGUGAGAAGUCUCCUAGCCCAGAAAACGGAUCAUUUUUGGAUGAUAAACAAACUGAAGAAACGAGAGCACUUUUUUCAACUGCUGAAAGUGCCAUGGAGGCUUGGACAAUGCUGGCAACUUCACUAGGUCAUCCUAGUUUCAUUAAGUCUGAGUUCGAAAAGAUAUGUUUCUUAGAUAAUGGACCCACUGACACACAGGUUGCAGUUUGGCGUGAUUCUGUGCGAAGAAGGUUAGUGAUUGCAUUCAGGGGAACAGAACAGACAGCAUGGAAGGACUUUGCAACGGAUCUAAUGGUUAUUCCAGCAGGGCUGAAUCCUGAAAGGAUAGGUGGAGAUUUCAAGCAAGAGGUUCAAGUUCACAGGGGCUUUCUAAGUGCAUAUGACUCAGUAAGGACCAGGAUCAUUUCUCUGAUUGAACUUGCAAUUGGUUAUGUGGAUGAUAAUUCGGAGUUCACCCAUAAAUGGCAGAUUUAUAUGACUGGACAUAGUUUGGGUGGUGCAUUGGCUAUUUUGCUUGCCCUUGAACUUUCAUCAAAUCAAUUAGCUAAGCGAGGAGCGGUCUCUAUAACUAUGUAUAAUUUUGGUUCUCCUAGGGUUGGUAACAAAAGAUUUGCGAAGGUUUACAAUAAGAAUGUUAAAGAUAGCUGGCGAAUUGUGAAUCACAAAGAUAUCAUUCCUACAAUGGGCCGGUUUAUGAGUUAUUGUCAUAUCAAUCAACCUUUAUUUCUUGCUGCCGGAGUUUCACCAAAUUCCUUAGAGAAUAAAGAUAUUCUUGGAAAUGGUUAUGAAAGUGAUGUUUUUGGGGAAUCCACGCCAAAUAUCAUAAUCAACGACUUUAUAAAUGGCGAAAUGGAACUUAUUGAGAAGUUGUUACAAACUGAAAUUAAUAUAUUCCGCUCAAUUAGAGAUGGAAGUGCAUACAUGCAGCAUAUGGAGGAUUUUUAUUACAUCACAUUACUAGAGAAUGUAAGAUCAAAUUACCAAGUUGCCUCAAGGUCAAAACAAGAUGUUAACACCAGUUUAUCCUGA